CGAAUGCAUUAGAAUUUGGUCCACGGGGGUGGGCGCUGCGCCAGCCCGGAGAAAGUGCCACGACUCCAUUCACUGGAUCACGGAGGCAGGGGCUAGGGACGAGAGCUGUGGGCAGCUGCAGACGGACAGACUAACGGACACGCACUCACAGACGGACAGACGCACCGAGACGAGACAUUCGAGCCGCCAUGGACGUGUACGACCCCCAGACCCUCGGCUUCAUGGUGUUCGGAGGCUUUAUGCUGGUGUCCGCCCUGGGCAUCGCACUGGUCUCCACCCUCUCCAUGAAGGAGACCUCGUAUGAGGAAGCCCUGGCACAGCAGAGACGCAGCCUGGGCCCCAUGAGGGCCGCAGCUGGCUCACACACGGGCAAGAAGAAGAAGAACCGUUCCAAGCGUAAGGAGGCCAACGGGAAGCCAGUGGAGCCCCCUGUGGUGGUGGAGGAGGUGAAGGAGGAGGUGAUUGAGGAGGAAGAGGAAGAGGAGGAGGUGGUGGCAGAGGAGGUGGUCGAGGAUGUGGCGGAGGAGGAACCCGAGAUUGAAGAAACGCCCACUCCUGUUCCGGAACCCGAGGUUGCCGAGGAGACCAUUGAUGAGGAGCCUGAAGCAGAAGAAUCAGCACCUGAGGAACCUGAGGCCGCCCCCGAACCGGAACCUGAGCCCGAGCCUGAGCCCGCCCCCGAGCCUGCCGUCGUCCAACCAGCUGCUCCCGCCGUGGCUGUGCCCUCCCCCACCUCCUCCGGCCGCAAGAAGAAGAAGGUGGCCAAGGUGGAGCCGCAAGAGCCCGUUGCCGUGGUCGCACCUGUUGUGGUGGAGGUUGCCGUAGAAUCCGUUGCCGCCGCUACCCCUGUCGCCACUGUGGCCCCUGUCAUGGCUGAGGAGGCCCCCAAGGUCGAGGCCCCAGCGCCCGCGCCCGCACCGUCCGGUGGCAGGAGGAGAGGAGGCCGCAAGAACAAAAGUGCAGCGGCAGCAGCAGCAGCAGCAGCAGCAGCAGCGGCGGCAGCAGCAGCAGCAGCGGCAGCUGAGCAAGCGGUGGCUGAAGUGGCCCCUGUUGCAGUAGAAGUGGCCCCUGUUGCAGCGGUGGUGGCCCCUGUGGUGCAGGCUGAGGUGGCUUCAGAGGAGCUCGUCAUCGAGGCCCCCGCGGACAAGGGACAGGAGAGCUGGCAACUGGCGUCUGUGAAGGGUGACCCCUUUAAGAAACAGCUGGAGGAGAAGGAGAGGCUGCUAUUGGCCGAGCAGGAGAACGCCACCGCCGCCAAGAACCGUCUCAAGGAGCUCACCAAGGAGUUGAGUGCGGAGAAGUCUCGUUUGGCCUCGGUGGAGACUCGUCUGAGCUCGGAGCUGAGCGGCCGACAGCAGGAGCUGCUGGCCCUACAGGCACGCAUGCAGACCUCCUACCAGGAACACCUGAUGGAGACACAGCAACUCACCAACAAGAUCGCCAGUCUUCAGGAGCAGCUGGAUAACGGCCCCAACGCCCAGCUGGCCCGCCUGCAGCAGGAGAACUCCAUCCUCAGAGACGCCCUCAACCAGGCCACCAGCCAAUCAGAAAGCAGGCAGAAUGCGGAGAUGGCUAAGCUUCGUACAGAGUGUGUGCGUCUGAGCCGCGAACUGAGCGAUCGUGUGGACUCCCAGUCAGCUGAGGACGAGAGGCGGAAGAUUCUGGAAACCAAGAUGGCCGCCCAAGAGGAACAGCUCACACUCAUGCAGGCGCGUGCUCAGGAAGAGGUGGAUCGCUUGGCUCUUCAGCUGAAGGAGGCACUGGAGAACGUCGGAGGACUGACUGCCCAGCUCACAGCAUCACAGGAAGCGAACCUGCUGCUGCAGGCUGAACUGGAGGCCGCUAGGACCCAGCAGACACCAGCCGCCCCUGCUGACACCCCUGCACCCACCACAGAGCUGGAGGAGUCUCUGGAAGAGGAGGUCCAGGUGAUCGAGGAGGAGGAGGUGGCCGCGGCAGCUGCAGAGGAGGUGGAGGUAGUCAGCGAGGAGGUUCCAGCAGCAGUGGAGGAGGAGGUGAAGGGAGGAGAGGAAGAGGAGGAGGACGAGGUGGUGGUCGUGAAGGAGGAAGAGGUGACUGGAGAGGAGGCGGUCGUGGAGGAGGAGGUGGUGGCCGUGGAGAGUGAGGAGGCUCCAGUGGAGAGCCAGCCACAGGCUGAUAACGCUGCAGAGAUGGAGGAGCUGAAGAACAGUCUUGUCCAGAAGGAUACUGAGUUGAGCAGCAUGUCUGCUGAGCUGCAGAAGCUGAAGGAGGAGCUAGAACACAUCAGGAGCCAAUCAGAAGCAGCCGUCCCAGAUGCACAGCAGAACGGUGUGGAGGAGGUCGCUGUUGAGGCGGCAACAGAGGAAGCAGCACCUGAGGCAGCACCUGUCACCUGCACACCUGACAGUACCAGCACAGCAGAGAUGGAGCAGCUCCAAAACAGUCUGGAGGAGAAGGAUCGGUUGGUGGCAUCUCUACAGGAACAGCUGGAGCUGCUGAAGGCCCAGACAGAAACCAAAGAGGACGUGACGGAGCAACUUGAGGCCCAGACACACACCAAGGACGACACGGAAACCGAAGAGGUGGCCGAAGCUGAGCAGCCCUUUGAGAAUCUGGAGCAGGAGGCACGCGUGAUCUCCCUGGAGGAGGAGCUGAAGCAGAUGAAGGAGGAGACGGAGACGCUCAAAAACAAAUGCAACGAGCUGAGGGAGAAGAACUGGUCCGCAGUGGAGGCUUUGGCUGUAGCGGAGAAGAGGGUUGAGGCACUGGCUGAAUCUGAGAAGCAGCUGGACUCUUUCCAGUCGGAGGCCAGGAGUACACUACAGUCGCUUUUCCCUCAGGUUGCCAUAGAAACAGAGCAGGGCAACUGGCUUAAGGCGUUCGCAGAGAAGGCUCAGGAAGCUCUUCAGAAGGCCACACCCACCUCGGACGAGGCCACGCCCAACCAGGAAGAAGGGCAGCAGCAGCAGGAGCAGAGCUCCUCCUCCUCCUCAGAAGUACCGGAGUUGCUGUCUAAACUUCAAGAGAGUGAGGAGAGCCAGCGGCUACUGAAAGCGGAGUGUGACCAGUACCGCACCGUACUGGGGGAGACGGAGGGCAUGCUAAAGCAGCUUCAGCAGAGUGUGGAGGAGGAGGAGCAGGUCUGGAAGGCCAAGAUCUCAGAGGCCGAGGCACACACACAGGCGGCCCUGGAGCAGGUGAAGGUGCUGGAGGAGGCUUCAGACAACACAGACGGACACACUACAGAACAGCUGAAGGAGCAGGUGAUGCUGCUGGAAGCCCAGCUGGAGAAGCAACUGGAGUCUCUGACCUUCAGCCAGACCUACGCAGAGGAGAUCGCACUGCUGAAGUCGUCCCUGACGGAAGCCCAGGCCCAGCUGGAGUCAGCCCAGGCAGAGGCCCAGAAACAGACCUCAGAACUUGCAGCGGUGAGGCAGCAGCUGCGGGACGCGAGUGAGCGCGUGCAGAACGAAGACUCCGCCCACUCUUCGGGGUCAGAGGUCGCGCAGGUUCAGACUCAGCUGGAGGAGACGGUGGGUAAACUGGAGACAGAGGAAGCCAUGAAACUGCAGCUAGCACAGAGCUAUGAACAGGCUCAGAAGUGCGUUGCGGAUCUCGAGGCUCAGCUGGAGGCUCUCAAAGUGGAGGGAGAGGGACCCACAGCCGAGCUCAAGGAGCGUCUUGAGAAAGAGAAGCGGUUGACGAGGGACCUGGGCCAGGCGGCCACCAAACUACAGCAGCUGCUGAAGGCGACACAGGAGCAGCUAGCUAAGGAGAGAGACAACGUCAAACUGCUUCAACAGACACAGGAGGCAGAGAAAACCGAAGAACCAAAGGAGGGAACGUCUGUCUGAAAAGGACGAGAGGAUCAUCGGACUGACUGAGAAUGAACGAAUGAAAGGAAGACAAAAAGAGGAAUGGGGGAGGGGUGGUGAGAGAAUGAACGAGUGUUUGCAUGAAUGGGAGUUGGGAAGGGACGAUAGAAGAAUGAGGGCUUUGUUUUACGAAGUGAAUGAGGGAGAUCGAGAGUGAGAGAGAUAGAGAUGAACAGGGAAUAACUUUGCCACGAAUGCCUUAAUUUACUCUACAUAUUCGUUUCUAUCUUUGUAGUAAUACUGUGCCGUAUGAGCACCCUUUUUAGGAUGGAGAGAACACACAAAGGGAUCAAGGGACGAUAAAAACAGUAAAUAAAUCAAUAACUAAAUGAAUAAGUGAAUAAAUGAAUUACUUAAGAAAGGGGGAAAAGGUAUGGGGUGCGACUGAACGGAUCAUGGAGAGAGCUAUAGUAUAUCUCUCUUUUUUUAAACAAAUUACAGAUCAAAGAUUUAAAUGUAUGGGAUGUUUGGGCCAAGUGGAUGCACCUCUGUGAACUCUGCUUCCCAGAAUGCAACAGCUGUUCCCAGAAUGCAUUAGUGUCUCGUCAGUGUUAAAGGAUCAAAAGGGAAAAAGGAAAACAAAAAGGAAUGCCCUGUUCACAUCCGUUACGGCAUGGCCACGGGUUGGUUUUCUUUUUAUAUAUAUAUAUACCGAAAAGAAUGAUGGUGCAAUCACUUCACUCUGAAACUCGUUUAUUUCUUUUCUUUCCUCGUGUCCUUGUUUUCAAGCAGGAGCAUGCCAUGCCUCUGGCUCCCCUCUACUCCUCCUCUCCGUUUUCCUCCUCCUCCCUCCUUUAUUUCCCUCCUUCCUCUUGUUCUUCUCAUUCCAUGGAUGAAUAGGGAUGCUGGACCAGGUGGGAUGGGUGGGGCAAGGAGAGAUGCGCAAGCUCUGCUCUACCCGGUACAAAAGAACGAACGAACGAAGGAGGGAGGGAAAGCGGGGAUGGAGAGAGUGAGAGAAGGGAGAGAGAGCGAGAGAGAGAGAGAGAGAGAGAGACUCCAUGUUGGUGAUGUUAUUAUAGGCCCCACGCUUCCUCCAGUGAGGCUGCCCUCAUACUGUGAUCAUUUGUAAUGAAACAAUAAAAAAACUAUUGUAGUCCAUACACUA